AUGGCAAUGAGCCUUCACCUCGACGAUCUAGACGAAACCAAAGGAUGGCUAGACCGCAUAAACUCCUCUGCCGCAAAUGAAGGUCUCCCCGCUCGUACAAUAAUCCACCAGACCACCAGCAGCACCAGCAGUACAACCAUGUCUACAUUCCCUCAUCAAAACUCAUCAUCAUACCAAAAGCAAAUCGCUCGAGAACGAGAGGUCGUACAUAAACAUAAAGAUAGUACUGCCAGACUCAGCGCCGCGUUACAGCAUUUACAGAUCGUUGAAGGGUUCAGAAGUGCCGUUGGUAUUACUUCUUCCAAAUCUCGGAGCGGGUCGAGUUCGAAUGGGACAACCACACCGCCGGAGUUUGGGAAUAAUUAUAUGUAUAGUAGCGGUAAUAAUGGUGUGAAUUCUGGGAAUUCUGCAGGGCCUUCCUCUUCUUCUUCUGCCUCUGCUUCGGGUUUGCAACCAGCGGCGCAGAUCAUUGGUAGUGGUAAUGGUAAUGGUUCUGUGCCGCAACCGCGCAGAGGGCAAACAAUGCCUGCACAGAAGCUGCAGCAACAACAGGGGCAUAGAUCUGAGAGUGUGCCACCAGCAGGGAAGAGACCUUCAGCCGCUCAACCUAUUACACAUACCCAAAGGAUUGGAUUACCGGCCGGUGUGAGGAAGGCUAGUGCCGAGACUGGUCACCACCUACGGAUCACAACGCCACCGAAUAUUCCUUUACCUGCGCCGCCUCCGAGUGGACCUCCCCCCGCGAUACCGACUUUACAAAAGGCGACGGAAGGGGUGUUCGGAGGGGUGUUGAAAUCGCCGACGAAGAAGCUGAGGAGUCAACCGAAGAGGCGGACACAGUUUAAUCCUGAAGGGGAAGAGGUUGAUGAACAGCGGUGGAGGUUUCAUAGGGAUGAGUUGUUUCAGUCGAUGGAGAAGGCGCAUUGGGCGGAUGCGAGCGAGCAUUCUGAUGCUUUGGCCCAGAUCUCGAGGGAUCAUGGGUGUGUGCUGUCGGUUAACGAGAGGUACUUUUUUGAAAAGAUCAAUGGGAUUUUAUUGGUUGCUCAACGACAGUCUGCGGCGGCGUUGAGGUUGGCUGAGAAGUCCAGUGCUGAGAAUUCGAAUACGCUGCAGUUGGUGAAGUGUAUUGCUUUGAUGCAGCUAGGGGAUUUCAAGGGGGCUAGGGAGGCUUGUCAGCCGUUGUUUAAAAUUUGGAGUAAAGAUGACGUUUUGAAGGAUCAGAGGACGCAUUAUUACCUUAUGGCCAUGAUUUUGGAUCGGUUGGGCAAGAAGGCGGAGGCGAAAUGGUAUAGACAGCAUAUUCCGGAGAACUUCAGAUUCGAUUUAUGGAUUGAAUCGGCGUUAUCAGGGUUACAAACGGAGCCUAGCGAGAGGACUUUAGGACCAUUGGAGACGGAAUUACCCCGACCAUCUUCACCGGCUGCUUCUAGCUCACAGUCUUAUGCGAAUUAUCCGCCUGAAACGCCGGGAUCAACGAGAUCCGAUCCGCCGCCGUUUACACCUAGCGAUCCUCCACCGCCGGAGUAUCAGGUUAUUCCGAAGCCGUCGAAUGGACGCAGCGCUUUGGAUACUUUGACGGGAUUUAAUUUGAAGUAUGAGAAUGGAGAGGUUGUUGGGGAUGAGGUUGCGAAGAAGAGGGCUAUUAUGUUCUUUUUGACGGAGUAUCAUGGGGAUAGGAUGUACGAUUGCAUUCGGGCGUUGUUUUCUGAGCAAUGCUGUCGCGGUGUGAUCGAUGUGGCCGAGAACAUCUGGAAAUGCAACAGUUUGGGCCUCAUCGCAAGAAACAAAGGUCCAGCAUCUGGAGAAAUGGCAAGGUUUUUGCUCAGCUCCGGUGAUCAACCGUACCACCUAGAUUCCUCACCGGACGGAUUCUCGUCCCUUCAUAUCGCAGCCAAGGAAGAGAACUUUGCCGUCGCAGAAUCGAUUCUAAACCACGUCGGCAUCCCGAUGCGAGAAGAAGUUCUGAGUCGAAAUAAUUUGACACCACUUCAUCUGGCGGCGGAAUAUAAUCGCAAGACUCUUAUUGUUUCUUUAUUGUUGGAUGCGGGGUCUGAUGUGAAUGCGAGGGGGGGACCGUUGGGGAAUACGCCGUUGCAUUAUGCGAUCCGGGGAUAUUUACACGAUCCGAUACCGAGUAGACUUGAGACUAUUGAUUAUUUGUUGGAGAGUCCAUUGAUUAAGUUGGGACAGAAGAAUAAUAAUAAGGAGAGUCCUGAGGAGUUCGCGAAGUUGUGUACGUUGAUUGAUUUGUCGAGAAGGAUUAAGGAUAUGAGGAAGAAUGGGAAGGCGAUAUUUAGGUCGACGCAUUAA